CCGCGCGAGCGGACCGAGAGAUUAUUAAACGCGCCGCCAUUGCGCGCCAUUUUGUUCACGAAUCUUCAGCGGUGUCGGCUCGCAGAGGAGCCGAUUCCGAGGACGGUGCUCGUUGACUUUCCGGCGCGUCUCUCCGACCGAUCGCCAGCGAUCGACCUCGCGCUCGAGGACGAGCGUGCCUCGACGCCCCCGCGGCGGCAUCAGAGUUGGUAGCAAGACUGUGUUAGAUUGGAAUCAUGUCGAGCGGCAGCGGGGAUCACGAGGAGGAGGGCUACGUCAUCAAGAUGCGCGGGCUGCCCUGGUCCACCACCGUGGACGAGAUCAUGAAGUUCUUCGGCGACUGCUCGAUCUCGAAUGGCAAGAACGGUGUUCACAUGACGACGUCCCGCGAGGGGCGCCCCAGCGGCGAGGCCUACGUGGAGAUGGACACUCCGGAGGACAUCGAGAAGGCCUGCAAGAGAGACAGGGAUCACAUGGGCCACCGCUACAUCGAAGUUUUUAAAGCAAAGCGCGGCGAGAUGGAAUGGGUCGUGAAGAGGAGCGGCCUCAAUUUGGAGAACGCGAUGGACGACGGUUGCGUGAGAUUGCGCGGCUUGCCGUUUGGCUGCUCGAAAGAGGAGAUCGCGCAGUUCUUCUCAGGUACUUGGCGUACGACAAUCCAAGAUAGUAUCAUAGUGCUCUUUAAUUGAUAAUCAUUGAGAUUUUGUUUAAUCCUUGGUAAAACGAACACCUAUUCAUCUUUUUC